AACGCUGCGCGUGACGAUCCGCGUACACACCGACUUUCCCUCUCGUCUCUUCAAUCCACACAGGUUUAUGUGUUGUAGGCGUGACGGUGUACGUCUAGGGGCGGUUACUAAGACGCUUGCUUAUGCUAAUUAUUUUUAACUGGAGCCAACCAGAAUAAUUCAAAAUCAAUUCAAAAUUUAGUAAAAUCUACUGCCGAAUUCUGAAAUUUUUUAUCGAGUAUAUUGGACUCCACAAGAGUCAAUAUCGAUUCGAUGACCCCGUGCUUCUCGAGUUCGAUUGCCAACGUGGUAUAUAACACGUCGAGCCUAGGUGUCGUGGGAGGGGAGUUUUAUCAUUAAUAAUAAAGGCGCAGCAUUGAUUUUGCGAUUCUUGAAAGUUGCCAUCAAGGUGCACAUUUUUUCUACCGCCGCCUCAGCCUUAUUUUAAGAACGACUGUUUUUUCACACAUCCAUAUAACACGUAUUCACACAGUCGUGGCGGUGCUUUACUCGUGUUGGAAUUUCAACGUUUUAGCCGAGCGGUUUCAAGAACGUGUAUUCAAGUUAAAGGCUUCCGAUUAUAGGCGCGUGAAAAGUCGGAGAAAAAAAAACUUUUUACGUUUCCUGCAUACAUCGAGCUGUAUAUUAGAUUGGGCGUAAUACGUCGUAUCGGUAUCGAUUCGCUUGUCCGAUUUGUUUUUUUCCCGAUGAUUGGUUUGAUAAAAUAAUAGAAUGUAUACGGCGUCGUAAAUAAAUUCGGUCCGAUACAUUCCACGAGCUUUUAGAUUUCGAAUACACGAUUGCGAUUUUUCAUGCGUGUACUGCUAUGAUACGAAUAUUUAGUAAUCGCUCAAGAUGGAAGAAAAGAAACAGGAAAAAUAGCUCUGAAAAAUCGGCAACGUCAAAAAGCUACUCAUAGAAAGUCCUUAAAACGUUUAAAGCACUGCGGCUAUAUAGCUACUAUGCACGAGAAAAAAAAGGGUUUAAGGCAAUAAACCACGACGAAAUUACGUAACCAGCAAACAGCGCCGAUCGAUCCUAAGACGUUACGCAUGACGAGUAAAAUAUUCCCCAUCGCCACUCCUCGAAUCAAACCGAUGAAUAUGUCACAGAUGAAGAGCUUGAAAAUCCUCUUCAACCAACAUCUCCCAUGAAUACCGGGUUAAUUAUUUAACUGCUCCUCUCGCGCUCGAAAAGUCCGCUCGUUCGCGCUUUUACGAUUACGACAGGGUGUAAAACUCGCUUCCCCUGAUCAUCCCAUCCCCCAGAUCAAUGGCUGCAGAGGAGCCGUCGUAAAGGAGAGAAAAGCUCGCUCUCGAGCGAAAACUGUAUUACUGACGAAAGUUCAGCCACGAUCGUUUUGCUGGCCGAUAAUGUUAAAAAAAAAAAAAAACGGCAUUGUGUCGUGGUCAGGGAUAGGUGAAUUCAGCUAUACUCGGUACUUAUGCUAAAAAAAAAGUCUUACUUAUUCCCGAAGCUUACACUUGGCGCCAGUGACGACAGCGCAGGUGUCGGUUUUCAACUGACCCUUCGGCGCAUAGGUCAGAUCCAUAGUUGUGAUUGAUGCGUAUAAAUACACGUGUCUGCUGUGCGUGUACUCGCUCGCAGAGACACAGACACACGGGUGCGUUUGUAAUAGGUGUGUGCGUGUGUGUGUGUGUGUGUCAGCGGUCUUCCACGGCUCUAUACGCCUAGCCAGAAGAUCAAGCUCCCCUCAGUUGCUUGCCGAUCCUCAUAUUGGCAACUCGAGCUCUCGUUUGCGUGGUUUGCAUCCUUAGUUUCUUGAUUUGUCAACGCUCGAUUUUUAGUCUGCUGGUUCGGUUUAGUAAGUUCUUUUGUUAACAAUACCCUCGAGCAGACGUUCAAGCGAUCCGACGCAAAGUGAAGGCGCUCAGAGGAACCCGGCAACUCUUCGCCGGGUCGAAUAACACGAUUUCGAAUGCCCGAAAGCGCCUUCGAAAAUCGCGCAAUUUGCGCACCUUCGUCGCUGUCUUGAACAGGAUUGUCGAGGAGGACGUAAUGCCCAAAAUGCACAAGAUCAAGCUGACCCGUAGCCAGAAAUUCGGCGUCUACGGGCUCUCCUUGCUCCUGCUCAGCAUCGUAUUCGGGGCCAUCAUGCUGCCCUCUUUGAAGUACUACAUGAUGAGAUGGAAAGUCGCGAUCAAGCUGGGCUGGCAGAUGCGGUACAUAUGGGGCAAACUGCCGUUCAGUAUCGACAUGAAAUUCUACAUGUUCAAUUUGACGAAUCCCGACGAGGUCGACAACGGCGCGAAGCCGAUAAUGCAGGAGAUAGGGCCCUACGUUUACUCCGAAUACGCGGAAAAAGCCUUUCAGGAAGAUCACGAUGAAGACGACAGCGUGUCGUACAAUGCUCGAAGCUACUUCUAUUUCAACCCGGAAAAGACCGCACCGCUGACCGGCUACGAAGAAAUCAUCGUUCCCAAUUACGUCGGACUUGGCACUAUGAACAUCGUGGUAAAGGAAAGACCGGGCGCGACGAACAUUGUAGGCAAGGCGAUCGACAACAUACUGAGAAAGCCGAAUAGUCUCUUCGAGAAAAAAAGGGUCAAGGACAUACUGUUCGACGGUAUGCCUCUGGAUUGUACGGUUAAGGAUUUCGCCGGCGCGGCUCUGUGCAACGAGCUCAAGGGCCAGUACAAGGAUUUUGGUCUCAUCCUGGUUGAAGAGAACCAGUACAUACUGUCCCUUAUUGGCCCGAGAAACGGGACUGAUUCCCCGCGAAUGCGGGUGUAUCGCGGCGUCAAGAACCUCAGCAAACUGACAGAACUCAUCAUGUACGCGGACAAAACAAAUAUGUCCGUUUGGGAGGACGAUUAUUGCGACAAGUUUAGAGGUACCGAGGCCACCUUGUUUCGUCCGUUCCUCAACAACAAGGGCAAAGACGAUCUUGAUCUGGUGUACUCGUCACUCUGCCGAAGCUUCACCUUACGCGCUGACGGCUUUGGAGAAUGGAACGGUUUGAAGACGAUCCGGUAUACGACGGAUUUGGGAACCGACGGGAGGACUAAUCCCAAAGAUAGGUGCUACUGCGAGGAUCCAAAAAACCCAGAUACGUGCAUGAAAAAAGGAGCUUACGACGCUUACAAGUGCGUUCGCUUACCGCUCAUUUUUACCAAUCCUCACUUCUACCUGGCCGACAGUUCGUACCUCAGCCAAGUGGACGGACUUAGCCCCAACAAGGAGAAGCACAUGAUAUCCAUCGAGAUCGAUCCGUUCACCGGCAUACCGUUGCACACGCACACACGAGCCCAGUUCAACCUGAACAUCUUCAAGAUCGACAAGUUCAGACUGAUGAAUAAAUUUCCCGAGGCUCUGUUGCCCAUACUGUGGAUCGAACAGGAAAUGCAGCUACCGGCCUUUCUCACGGAGGAGAUCAAAUUUUUCCACCAGUCCUUCGCCUUUGGACUAACUGUCCAGUAUCUCCUGAUGUUCAGCGGACUGCUCUUGUGCGGAUUUUCCGGCUUCCUGAUGUUCAAGGAGCAUCGAAAGAAGAAGAUGGAGAUGAAGACAACGAUAUCGGUUAAGUCAGCUAGUCAGCCCAAUAGUGCAGACAAGAAGAUCAAUAUCAAUACAUUGCAACCCGCUACAUUACCGACUAGUGUAGAUUACACUCACCUUAGUUAUACGUCAUCAAUGACCAUGCCAUUUUCUGAGUGCAUAACGCUACGUAGCUUUGAUGCAAUGAUUUUUUUGAAAUUUAUCAAAAGAUAUUUGCCCGCCGUCAUCUCGAACAAUAGUAUCAAACCGUAUAAAUUCUUCGACAUGUCGCUGACGAAAAAUAUAAAAAUUGGUGUCGCCGGUUUUUGUAUGUUCGUUUUUGGUAUACUUUUUCAAACUGCGAUUCUUCCAGCUGUGCUAAGGGUGCAAGUUAAGCGGCAAAUAGCAUUGAAGGACGGAUGGUCUAUGAGAGAGAUAUGGAGUGAUUUCCCAUUUUCAUUGGAAUUUUGUUUCUACUUUUUUAAUGUGACAAACCCUGAUGAAAUAACGAACGGUGAAAAGCCAAUAGUGCAAGAAGUUGGACCAUUUAUUUAUGACAAGUGGCACGAGAAAACGAACCAAAAGGAUCACGAAGAAGAUGACACCGUAUCUUACACGCUGAGGACUACUUAUUUCUUCAACUCUGAAAAAAGUAAGGGUCUUACUGGAGACGAAGAGGUUAUAGUUCCUCACUACUUCAUUUUGGGUCUGAUAUUGACGGUACAGCGAGAAAAUCCCUCUGCCAUGCCAAUAGUAGGCAAAGCGAUCGACAGUAUAUUUAAAAAACCGAAGACUAUUUUUAUGAAAGCAAAGAUAAGAGACAUACUAUUUGACGGUUUUGUCAUCGAUUGCAACGUACAAGAUUUUGCAGGAACGGCGGUUUGUUCCGAGGUAGCGGAUAAUUAUGAAAAGCUAGGCCUAAAACUGGUCGGAGAGAAGAAGUACUUGAUGUCACUUUGGGGCCCACUAAAUGGAACCGAUUCUAAGGGUCGAAUGCGAGUUCAAAGAGGAAUUAAAAAUUUCAUGAAUGUAGGAACUGUGGUGGAAUAUGACAACAAACCAAAUAUUUCUGUCUGGGGCGAUGAAUAUUGCGAUACCUUUAAUGGAACUGAUGGAACAAUUUUUCAUCCGUUUUUCAACAAAAAAGGAAAGGAUGAUCUCGUUGCCUACAAUGAACUGCUAUGCAGAGGUAUCAGCUGCCACUUUGUCUCUAAAUCCAAAUGGAAAGGUUUUGAUACGCUUCGCUACACGACGGAUUUGGGCAUCGAUCCUGAGAAUAAUCCUCGACACAAAUGUUACUGCCCGUCAGUAGACUCGUGUUAUAGAAAAGGACCAUACGAUCUUUACAAAUGUCUCAGAGCACCGAUACUGAUUACGAAUCCGCAUUUUUACCUGGCCGACCCAUACUACCUUACUCUUGUGGAUGGAUUAAGUCCUGAUAUGGAAAAACACAUGCUGAUAAUAGAUUUGGAGCCGUUUACAGGUGCGCCUAUACACGCUCAUACGAGAGGCCAGUUCAAUAUGUUUAUCAAUAAAACGGAGAAAUUUAAACUUAUGAAGAAAUUCCCGGAGGCUUUGCUUCCUCUCAUGUGGUUUGAUGAGAUCACUAUUUUGCCUGAUUUCUUGCUGAAAAUUCUUAGGCAAGGCUUAUUAAUGUACAAAAUUGCCAAGAUAUAUCAGUAUCUCAUGAUAUUUGGUGGCAUAGUAUUGUGCAGUUACGGUGGGUAUAAGCACUAUAAGUUAACGCACGUUGAAGACACUAAAAUUGUUGGAGAAUUGGAGAAAACUGAUAGCAUUAACGAAGCAGAUAAUGAUAACACUUCUAUUAAAAAAUCGAAAAGUACCACGAUUCAGAAAAUUGCGGUGCUACCAAACAUAAAUUAACGUUACAAUACCAAAAGUAAGACACUUUCUAUGCGUAUAAGUAAUAACUUUGUUUCUAUAAACUAAUUGUGAU